AUCUUUCAUGCACUUAUAAGUAGUUUUAACAUAAAAAUUUAUCAAAGCUUCUUUAAUUGUGUCGCUUAUUUCUGCUCUUGCUAGAAGUAUAAAGGUUGAGAUCCUUUUGAUCAUCUGAGUAGUCAGAUCGCUAUCAGAUUUUUCGAAAAAAAAAUAAAAAUCAACCAGCAAUAAGAAAGUACAAAAUAAAAUGUAUGUGAAGUUGAGUAAUUGUUGUAUGGUUCUCUUUGAAUCGAAGUGAAAAAAAAAAUGGGUAGGAUGAGUUGAGACUUUAAAUUUGUUUUUCACUUAUGAUUGCAUUACAAACCAAAUAAUUCAAUUCAGAUCAAGAAGAGAUUAUUGAGAAUUUGGCUCCGCAAUCUAAUGUUAUUUUGAGAUUUAUCGAUUUAACGGCAACUCCUCCUAGGCCCUUAUCCUUACCAGGUCCUAUUCCAAGCAAAUUGAGGUUCUCCACUACUGGAAAACCGUACGUGGAGAAGUCUCAUCCAGACUUAUCCAAUGAACCAAGGGAUAUGAUUGCAAAGCAGCGACAGAUUUCCUCAAAUGGCAAGCAAAUUCAAGCUAUUUCUAGAAAGACAGCAGCUGAUAGAUGAUAUGAAUGGGAACAGAAUCCAGACGAUUUCAAAUUUUCGAAAUCCUCGAGAGAAUGUUUCAUCAGAUUUAGAGGAGUUUCAGAUUCAGGUGUUUUACUAAUGAAAAAUAAGUGCAAGAUUAAAUGAUCCGGCCCUAACGAGAAAAUCCACCCCCAAAGAGAAAUAUCUCAGAAUAGGAUCAUAAUAUAGAGAAGCCUUUUGUUUUUACUUGGAUCAAAUGACCCUGCUUUAGUUGUUUCAUUUGUUUCGCUGCAACAGUUUUUUUUUUUUUUCUUACUCUUUAUUUUUCCGAGGGACUUUAUUAAACAUGUAGCUGGAACAAACACUUUAUGUAAAACAAUCUUAACUCAAGAAUAAUCAAAGAUGCUUUCCUCACAGCUCAAGUUACCAUGUGUGAAAAGCUCUCAAACUUAGCCAGAUCCAGUCCUAUAAAUUGAAUUCAGCCUUGCAAAUCCACCAUAAUCAACCCAUCAUCAGCAUAAUGGCUUCUCUGCUGCAACUCUGCUCGCUUUUCCUUACAUGUCUUCUCAUCUGUUCAGCUUCAUCAAACCAAACCCCAAAGCAUUAUGUUGUAUAUAUGGGAAGUUCAUCUGAAGAAAAUAAUGAAGCUGCAGAAUCAGAUCAUCUGCAGUUACUGACCUCAGUUAUUCCAAGGGAGGACAAGGAAAGAAUAUCACUUAUAAAUCAUUACAAUCAUGCCUUCAGAGGAUUCUCUGCAAUGCUCACAGAGGAUGAAGCUUCCGACCUGUCUGGGCGUGAUGGGAUUGUGUCUGUGUUCCCGGACUCGGUUCUUCUACUCCAUACAACACGCUCCUGGGAUUUCCUAGAGGGAAAAUCAAGCGCAAGGUUUAGGCAUAGAUCAUACCAGCAUAAAUCAAGUUAUGAUGUCAUAAUUGGGAUGAUAGAUGGAGGCAUUUGGCCUGAAUCUCCAAGUUUUAGAGAUGAAGGAAUGGAAGAAAUACCUACAAGAUGGAAAGGAAUAUGCAUGGAGGGACCAGACUUCAAAAAGUCUGAUUGUAAUAGGAAGUUGAUAGGAGCAAGGUACUACAAUGUCCCGCACACAUCAAAUGGUAAAAAGACCACACAGAUGAGACUUGUCAAGUCUCCAAGGGAUACUGUAUGGCAUGGGACCCACACUGCUUCCAUUGCAGCUGGUGCCCAAGUCGUCAAUGCUAGUUACAAUGGCUUGGCUCAAGGGACUGCCAGGGGUGGUUCACCCUACGCUAGGAUUGCAGUUUAUAAGGCAUGUUCGGAAGAUGGUUGUCCUGGUUCCACCACAUUGAAGGCAAUCGAUGACGCGGUUAAGGAUGGUGUUGAUAUUAUCUCCAUUUCUAUUGGGAUGAGCUCUCUAUUCCAGUCUGAUUUCUUAAAAGAUCCCAUAGCUAUUGGAGCAUUUCAUGCAGAGCAAAUGGGGGUCAUGGUUGUAUGUUCAGGAGGAAAUGAGGGGCCUGACCCUUUCACUAUCAUUAAUGCAGCACCAUGGAUUUUCACUGUCACAGCCUCUACUAUUGAUAGAGAUUUCCAAUCUACAGUGCUUCUAGGGAAUGGAAGAACCUUUCAAGGAUCUGCCAUCAAUUUCUCAAACCUCACCCACUCCGAGACCUAUCCUCUUGCAUAUGGAAAGGACAUUGCUGAUAAGUUCAGCCCAAUAUCAGAAGCAAGGAGUUGUUAUCCUGGAUCUUUAGAUCCGGAAAUGGUGAAGGGCAAGGUCAUUGUUUGUGUUGACACUUUCCCAUUUGUAUCGAGGGAAAUCAAGAAAUUAGUAGCGGAAGAUGCUCAAGCAAAAGGACUGAUUUUGAUCAAUGAAAUGGAAAAAAGUGCUCCUUUUGAUUCAGGUGCAUUUCCAUUCACUGAAGUUGGAAGCACUAUAGGAUAUAAGAUCCUUAAGUACAUUAAUUCUAACAAGAAUCCAACUGCAACUAUCCUUCCUACAGCUGAUAUUCCAAGACAUAAACCAGCACCUGUCGUGGCAUAUUUUUCAUCAAGAGGUCCUAGUGUGCUAACAGAAAACAUUCUCAAGCCUGAUAUAAUGGCCCCCGGAGUUGCCAUUUUAGCUGCAGUAAUUCCAAAAGUUGAAGAAGGGAGUGCUUUGAUUGGUAACAAGCCGCCCGAAUAUGCCAUAAAAUCUGGAACGUCAAUGGCCUGUCCACAUGUAACAGGGGCUUCUGCAUUCAUAAAAUCAGUUCAUCCUAAAUGGACUUCUUCCAUGAUCAAAUCAGCACUCAUGACAACUGCAACUGUGUAUGGUAACAUGGGGAAACCGUUAACGAAUAGUUCAGGCUCCUUCGCCAUCCCACACGAGAUGGGAGUUGGAGAAAUAAACCCACUAAAAGCCCUUAAUCCGGGGUUAGUCUUUGAAACAACAACAGAAGAUUAUCUUAAAUUUCUUUGUUAUAAUGGGUCCCCAGAGAAAAAAAUCCGAUCCAUGUCAAUGGCAAACUUCAAAUGUCCAAGAAAAUCCUCUGAUGAUCUUAUUUCCGGCAUCAAUUAUCCUUCAAUCUCUAUAAGUAGACUAGACAAAAAUGGAGGUUUCCGAACUAUUAAAAGAAGUGUUACAAAUGUUGGACUCGCAAAUGUCACAUAUACUGUUGCUGUGCAUGCUCCAUUGGGAUUGAAAGUGAAGGUUUUGCCAAAAAAGAUUACUUUUGUUGAGAAUGUAAGAAGGGUUCCUUUCAAAGUGUCAUUUGAUGGCAGGGAAGCUUCCACUGGCUAUAAUUUUGGGUCUCUAACAUGGUCUGGUGGUCCAUAUUCAGUACGUAUGGUGUUUGCAGUCAAAGUUUAGUGAUAAAAUGGUCUUGUAAGAAAUAGAAAUUAACUAGCUAGUGAUGCUAGACAAAUUGGAGACAUAUGUUUAGUGAAAACAUUGAAUACUUCUUGCAGUUUUAUAUGUUAUUCUUUCUUUAUUUUUAAUUGACUACUGAACAAUAAGGAUAUGAAAUUUCAUGCAUUUAAUAACUUUUUUACAGAGUUAAUUACACUUUCGAGACUUGAGAUAGGUUAAAUUUUCAGAAAUAUUGUUACUUUAAAUUUAAA